AUGAUCGUAGUUCGUGUGCAAGAUGAAAGUAGGUCUUUUUCAUUUGUAUUGUUUGAACGACAUAUAAAAGAUUUGAUUCAUCGCGAAAAACAAUGGUUGAUGGAAAAAAUAUCUAAGGAUCAAGGACGUCAAAAUAUCCCUGGUGAGUUCAAAAUCCAUCUCAAUAAGAAGUUUGUCUUCAAAGUUCAAAUCUCCAUGUUCAAUCUGCAGAACAACUAUCGUGCUUACAAUGUGCAUAAGUUGACUAAUGAUGAAAGGGUACUUGCUGAGGUUUUCAAACGGUCACCAGCUCAUGAAAAACAUAUUCUCAAUGAUGAUGGGACAAUUUCUAUUAACUUUGAAAAAGCAACAGACUUCUAUCCUUUUAUGUGUUCUGUUCAGGAAAAUAUUGUUUCGGUCCAUGAUGACAAUCUUGAGGUUGUUGAUCUUGAAGCUUUAAUACCAUCAUCCAGUGCGAGGAAGCGUCCUAUUGAGAUUGUUGCCACCACUGACUCUUUGGAGUGGUCUUUUUCGAAAGGUGGUGUUGUUCCUGAUACCUUGAAGAUCCCAAAAAUGGAAAAGUUGGAGUAA